ACAUUGUUCUGGGUAUCAAAUCGUAACGUAUUCUAUGGGAAGUUGAUUCGCUGUAUACAAUCUGACAUUUUCUGAUGAAGAUCUUCUCUUGGUUGUCUGUGUUUUGGGGUAGCGUGUGCGGUAGUAAAAUGGCAGCCUGGAAACGUCAAUACAUUUUAUAUCGAUAAAAGCCUAUCUUUGUAAAUAGAUGUAGAAAGAAAGGGUGCAAUAAGACGAAUGCUGUUUACUUAAGACUUCGAAUUUUUAAUAAACGUGUGUGUGAACGAGUGCAUGUUGAUAAAAUGGCAGAAUUUGUACGUGGAGGACCUAGUGUAUCGAAUAACACUAAGAUGGAUCAUAGUAGUAAAGGCGGUUCACCUAGUACUGGAAGUGAAGAUGGUGGGCAGAAUGAAUCUUUGAAUGUGGAAAAUGAAUUUGAUCCUUUCUUAGAAAAUAUACCUGAUGACAUACAGGAUACAGAAGAACCUGACAGUGCAAAUGCUACAUUGUUAACUGCUCCUCCAGAAAAUCAAUGGUAUCAUGGAAGAUUAGACAGAUUCACUGCAGAAGAAAGAUUAUGGGAUGCUAGUAAAAUGGGCAGUUACUUGGUUCGUGAAAGUGAUAGAAAGCCUGGUAGUUACGUACUAUCUUAUUUUGGAAGAACUGGAAUUAAUCAUUUUCGAAUUACGGCUGUGUGUGGAGAUUAUUAUAUUGGAGGUCGUCAAUUUAAUAGUUUAUCAGACCUUGUUGCUUAUUAUACUCAUUGCUCGGAUCUUUUAAAGAGAGAAAGACUUAUACAUCCAACACCUCCACCUGAGCCUGUGAAUGACAAAAAGAGGAUAGUUGCGAUAUUGCCAUAUACAAAAAUGCCUGAUACGGAUGAAUUAAGUUUCCAAAAGGGCGAUAUAUUUUUUGUUCACAAUGAUAUGGGUGAUGGCUGGUUAUGGGUUACUGCCCAUAGAACUGGAGAACAGGGGCUUAUCUUCCGGGAAUUAGUAGAGGAUUUGGAUGACUCUAUAGAUCCAAACACCGUAUUUUCUUGGUUCCAUCCAAAUGUUACAAAAAGUGAAGCUGUUGAUAUGUUGGUGAAAGCAGGUCCUGGAAGUUUUUUGGUUCGACCAUCUGAUAACAGUCCAGGAGAUUAUUCUCUUUUCUUUCAUAUUAAUAAUCAAAUACAAAGAUUUAGAAUAGAGAAGAAAGGUGUGAGAUAUCUUAUGGGUGGUAGAACUUUCGAAUGUUUGGAUGCUGUUAUAAAUAGAUAUCGAAAGGAACAAAUAGUGGAAGGACAUACGUUAGUCCAAGCAAUGGUGACUGAGCCUGAUGGAAGUGUGAGAGUCAAUAGAGAAGUACAACACGCAGAAAAAAUUUAUGCAACUCUUAGAGAAUGUCGUGAGCAAUCUGGCGUAAAGAAAAAUAAAGGAAUAAAAAUGCAGGGUUAUUUGGAAAAAAAGUCAGAGAAAAACAAAAAAUGGAAAGCAUUGUAUUUUGUACUUUUAGUAGAUGCUACUGAUACACACCUCUAUUUAUAUGACAAUCCUAAGAGAACAAAACCAAAAGGUCUCAUUGAUUUAAGCUGUGCUUAUUUAUACCAGGUCCAUGAAAGUGUGUUUGAUAGGCCUCAUUGCUUCCAAUUAGUUGAACGUGCUUUACCAUGUUUGGCCACGAUAACUUAUCUGGCUGCUCCAAAUUCGGAAAAUGCUUUAGAUUGGAUUAAUGCCUUGAAACCAUUAUGUGUAUCACAACUUACACGUGCACCGAAGGUUGCUCGUCUCCGCGAAUUGCGUUCAUUACAUCUGCACAUUCUAGACGCGCAUAGACUUCCAUAUAAGCUAGUACCAAACCCAUUCAUCAUAGUGGCUCUAAACAACGUAAAAGUUGCACGCACGAAGGUUAAGACUGGAUUACAUCCACUCUGGGAUGAAGAAUUCAUUCUGGAGGAUGUGCCACCAGACGUUAUGUCAUUUUCCCUGACAUUAUACAACAAAGGCAAACGCAGUAAAGAUACGGAAGUUGCGGAAUUAACAGUAGAGCUGUCCAGUCUAACUAAUGGAGAAGAAAUGGAUGAAUGGUAUCCAUUAUCAGGCGUCACACCAAUUGGAGAGUGGGGAGCAUUACGAUUACGUUUGAGGUAUAGACAUGAUUUGGCGAUGCCUCCAGAAGAAUAUAGUCCUCUACAGGAAUUAUUGUUAGAUCCAGAACUUCAUGUAGUUAGGGCUUUGGCAGAUGUGUGUCAUCUUGAUAGAGUACCAUUAGCCAAUAGUCUUCUUCGAAUAUUCAGACACGAGCGAAAGGAAGCUGAUCUCUUACGUUCUUUGAAUCAAGCAGAAGUGGAUAAAGAAGAUGAAACACCUACUCUAUUUAGAGCUGCCAGCCUCACAACGACUUUAAUGGAUUUAUAUAUGAAAUCAGUUUGUACUUCGUUUUUGAAAGCUGCUUUGCGCGAUACCAUCGUAAAAUUAAUCGAAAGUAAACAGAGCUGUGAAUUGAACCCUACUAAAAUGGAUUCACCUGAAGAUGCAUGUAGCAAUGCUGAAUUUUUAUUACAAGUUUUGGAUGAAGUGACAUUAAGCAUUUUUACAAGUCCCGAUGCUUGUCCAAAAACUCUAAGAUAUAUUUGCGGUUGCUUACAAAGAGCUGUUGUUGCAAAAUGGCCACACGAAAGAUUAGUCAGGACACGAGUAGUCAGUGGGUUUAUAUUUUUACGUUUACUUUGUCCUGCUAUUUUGAAUCCUAGAUCAUUCAAUUUGAUAGCAGAGCCUCCGCCUCCAACGGCAGCAAGAUCACUAGUGAUGGUGGCAAAAUGUUUGCAAAAUUUGGCUAAUUUGGUAGAAUUUGGUGGGAAAGAGCCAUAUAUGGAAGUUGUAAAUCCUUUUAUUCUCAAAAAUAAGGAACGAAUGGUCGUGUUUCUCGAUCAGUUGUCCAAUGUAACUGAAAAACCAGAAUCUGAAGGCGCCGAUCCAAGAAGUAAAAGUACUUGCGUCUCGGAUACUGCAAGAGAUCUGGCGACAUUACAUCACAUCUGUGUUUCUCAUUUAAAGGAGCUUCAAGUUUUGUCGAAAACACAACCAACAAUAAAGCAAUUGGUAACAGUGACUGAAAUGCUCAGCAAGCACAAACAAAAGUACAUGGAAAUGAUACGGUAGUGCUAAAGCCAUUAACUAUGAACAAUGCCAAACACAAUAAAACCUUUACAGACUUUCAUGACGGAUUCAGUAGUAUUUAAUAAGUAUAAUUAAGUGAUAUAAGUAAUUAAACGUACAGACUGACGUGCCAUAUAUAUUACUGUAUACACACAAGCCUACAUUUACUAUUUCAUAUGUAAUUAGAGGAUAGCUUCUAUAAAUAGUUAUAACGACAGUAAUACGAUAGUGAUAUAGUUACAUACAGAACCAUACAGGCGUAUAAUGAUUUUAUAUUUACUUAGGUGCUCGAAAAUAAAUACAAAUUAAAGUA